AUGGAGAGCCAACUGAAUGUUCGGGAACGCAACGAUAUCGACCGUCAUCUGGGUUUUCUGGCUACCACUAUCGGCCAGAACGUGGCUCCCGGAUUUGGCACGUUGCAACAAGUAGCCAUCGGCGCUGGCAAACGAUCCUGGCGUGAGGCAUUCUGUUCGUUAUUUGAAAGUGUGCUCCGGGAUGCUGAGGACAUGUUUAUCCAUCUACCUUACGCAGAGAUUCGACAUGAGCUGGUCCGCUUAGCUUCUGCGCUUGACGAGGUUACUUUGCCCCGUCUGGCCGUAGUUGGCUUCGGUCGGUCUACACAUGUAUUACUGGAUGAGGAAUCGAAGCAACUAUCCGGCGUCGUGGACUUUAGCAGCGCCUUCUGGGGUGACAUGCUGAUGGCAGAAAUCUUCGAGAGUCCAUCACUUGCUGUGGUAGAAGGUGCAGGAUUCCCCUUGACCAGAACGAAGAGAGAGAACAUUCGGGUGUUGAUGUAUUCAUGCUACCGAUUGGUCUGCCAGAUUACCAUACAAUACUAUCGAAAUCGAAAUGAACCGAAGGAGUUUGAUGCUCGCCGGCGACUGACCGCCACUAUUGCCAACAUGGUGACCAUCGAAUCAGCCUGA